UCCGGGACUACGCGGGGCGGGAGCCGCCCCGGGGGGACCUCCUAGGGAUUCCUGGAGGGAUCCGGCUCCGGGGGACUAGGGCACAGCUCUGCCCCAGCGCACCCCUGGACGCUAUGGCCCACCCCUCCGGCUGGCCCCUCGAGUAGGAUGGUAGCACACAACCAGGUGGCAGCUGACAAUGCAAUCUCCACGGCACCAGAGCCCCGACGGCGGCCAGAGCCUUCCUCCUCUUCCUCCUCUUCUUCCUCUUCUUCCUCCUCGUCCUCACCCGCGGCCCCUGCGCGCCCGCGGCCCUGCCUGGCGGCACCGGCACCGGCACCGGCCGCGGCCCCGGCCCCGGCCCCGGCCCCCGGCGACACGCACUUCCGCACGUUCCGCUCGCACGCCGAUUACCGGCGCAUCACCCGCACCAGCGCUCUCCUCGACGCCUGCGGCUUCUACUGGGGACCCCUGAGUGUGCACGGGGCGCACGAGCGGCUGCGCUCCGAGCCCGUGGGCACCUUCCUGGUGCGCGACAGCCGCCAGCGGAACUGCUUCUUCGCCCUGAGCGUGAAGAUGGCCUCGGGCCCCACGAGCAUCCGCGUGCACUUCCAGGCCGGCCGCUUCCACCUGGACGGCAGCCGCGAGAGCUUCGACUGCCUGUUCGAGCUGCUGGAGCACUACGUGGCGGCGCCGCGCCGCAUGCUGGGGACCCCGCUGCGCCAGCGCCGCGUGCGGCCGCUGCAGGAGCUGUGCCGCCAGCGCAUCGUGGCCACCGUGGGCCGGGAGAACCUGGCGCGCAUCCCCCUCAACCCCGUACUCCGGGACUACUUGAGCUCCUUCCCCUUCCAGAUCUGACCGGCUGCGCCCGCCGUGCACGGAGCAUUAACUGGGGCGCCUUGUUAUUUUCUAUUAUUAAUUAUUAUUAUUUGACUGGAACCACAUGGGUGCCCUCCCCGCCUGGGUUGGAGGGAGCGGGUAUGGGGGCGAGACGCCUCCCGCUCUCAGCUGGAGACGAGGCCGCAGACCCCUCCUCACCUCUUGGGGAUGCUUCCCCCUGGUGUUCCCUCUGGGUGCCCCUGGUCAUUGUAGCAGCUUAACUGUAGCUGGGGCCAGGACCUGAACCCGCUCCUCCUACCUCCUCAUGUUUACAUACACCCAGUAUCUUUGCACAAACCAGGGGUGGGAGAGGGUCUCUGGCUUUAUUUUUCUGCUGUGCAGAAUCCUAUUUUAUAUUUUUUACAGCCAGUUUAGGUAAUAAACUUUAUUAUGAAAGUUUUUUUUUU